CAUCUGUCACUUCAAAAGGGUUCACUUUACCUCGAGAUUAGACGUCAGUAACAAUAUUAGCAUGAGUUUAGAACUUUGACAGAUAGUCAAGGGACCUGGUUUCUCUUGGACAGUGCUUCUCAGAUGACGUACGGAAUGUAUAACACAGUGGUUUAUGGUCAGGAAGUAUAGUGAAAACACGACAGUGCAAUAUAUAAUAGAAAUGUUCUACGGCAAGGUCGAUAGCUAACAGUUCCCUUCCAAUGGUGUUGUUACUGGUCUGGUUAGGUUCUAGGCUCUUGGAGGGAAUACUGGAGAGAUAUAGCCAUUAUGAAUCUUCCAGUGUAAUAAUGCUUCCCGUCUUACAUGAGAUACAUCUGUGCAGAAAAGCAGUGAUGUUGUUGGAUUCAUGCGACUUUCUCAAGUACUACCGUAAGCCUAUCAAACGCUUCCCUUGUUGGAUUCGUGAAGGUAUAUUUCUACUGAAUACCCUAAAGGGUGCAAAUUAGAUUCACA